GGGCGUAGUCGCUCCAGCAGCCACUAGGUUUGAAUGAAAGCAGACGGAAAUACGAGGAACAGGAAUAACUGAUCAGGAAAGGAAACCGACUCCGAAGUGGCACCGACAGAACACACGCACAAUUUGUUGGGUUUUUGCAGUUUUUGUGAGAGUUUGUGCAAAGUGGAUAAGAUACUUUUUUUUUUUUUUUUAAACAAAAAAGUCGGGAUGAUUUGGGAGAAAUGGGACGAUCGGACCGAACUCCUGUGCAUGGAGUCCUGGUAACGAAACCAGUCGUUUUUUCCUCCUCUCUUUCCGUGUGCUGUUUAAUGCAGGUCGUUCGAGUCCCAGCACUCGAGUGAUGAAUGAGCGAUAGUAUUCACACCCAUUCACUCACACAGCGGGGUUCAGGAGUAGCCCUCUCUCCUUCUCUCUCUCCCUCACACACACACACACACACACGCUGAAUGAUCUUGGAUCAUCUCAUGGAUGGUUUUUGUGUGCAUUCCAACAAUCUGUAAUCGCGCUCUGCUUUUAAGCCUCAGCUUUGAUCUUUUAAAACCUCGUUUGAUCGGAGGCGGAUUUCAAGACAAGCUGUUGCUACUUUUUAUACCUUUUUUUUUAUUUUUAUUUUUUUAUUCGUUUCCAGUUUUUUGGGCUUCUCUUUGUGUUACAGGAUCCUCACCAGUGCACUACAGUCCCUCCUGAAGAAAGAUUAGUCCUCCUUCAUCUCUCCAGCCUCCAAAAUAGAUUCUCUCAGGAGUAAGGUUGAGCUGCUGAAGCUGCCGCUUGCUCUCUCGUCCAAAUCCAUCUCCGAGCGCAAAACCCAGCUGGCCGGGGCAACAGAACGCCACAGGGGCGGAGCUGGGGUGUACAAACCCCGCCCACCGGCCCCAGACAUGGACAACGAGUCCCAGUACUCGGGCUAUUCCUACAAGUCGUCACAUUCCCGUAGCUCUCGCAAGCACAGGGAUCGCAGAGACCGACACCGCUCUAAGAGCAGAGACAGCAGAGGGGACAAAUCGGUCACCAUCCAAGCUCCUGGAGAGCCGCUGCUGGACACGGAGUCCACUCGUGGAGACGACAGGGAUGAUAACUGGGGUGAGACGACUACAGUGGUGACCGGGACGUCCGAGCACAGCGUCUCCAACGAAGACCUGACGCGGGCGUCCAAAGAGCUAGAGGACUCGUCCCCGCUGCAGUGCAAGCGCUUCGCAGGACCGAUUCUGAGCGGCGUGCUGGGUCUCUUCGCUCUGCUCACACCUCUGGCCUUCCUGCUGCUGCCUCAGGCGCUAUGGAGGGACUCGCUGGAUCCGUGCGGGACGCCGUGCGAGGGCCUGUACGUCUCGCUCGCUUUUAAGCUGUUGGUGCUGGCAAUCUCGACGUGGGCGCUGUUCCUGAGAGCGCCGCGGGCCACCCUGCCACGCUUCUUCGUCUUUCGCUGCCUGCUGCUGGCGCUCGUCUUCCUCUUUGUCGCCUCCUACUGGCUGUUCUAUGGCGUGCGUGUGCUGGAGCCUCGGGAACGGGAUUACCGCGGCAUCGUGGGAUACGCGGUCUCGUUGGUGGACGCGCUGCUGUUCAUUCAGUACCUGGCUCUGGUGCUGCUCGAGGUGCGACACCUCCGGCCCGCCUUCUGUCUGAAGGUGGUGCGUACGACAGACGGGGCCAGCCGCUUCUACAACAUCGGCCAUCUCAGCAUCCAGCGAGCUGCAGUGUGGGUGUUGGAUCAGUACUACAGCGACUUCCCCGUCUAUAACCCCGCUCUUCUAAACCUGCCCAAGUCCAUCCUCUCCAAAAAGAUGUCCGGCUUUAAGGUGUAUUCCCUCGAAGAGAACAGCACGAAUAAUUCGACCGGCCAGUCACGAGCCAUGAUCGCCGCGGCCGCACGCAGACGAGACAACUCCCAUAACGAGUAUUACUACGAGGAGGCUGAAAUGGAGCGCCGGAUCCGCAAACGCAAAGCCAGGCUGGUGGUGGCUGUAGAGGAAGCGUUCACACACAUCAGACGGCUCCAGGAGGACGAGGCAGCCGUGACGCCGAAACACCCGCGCGAGGUGAUGGACCCCCGCGAAGCCGCUCAGGCCAUCUUCGCUCCGAUGGCGCGCGCCAUGCAGAAGUACCUGCGAACCACACGCCAGCAGCCGUACCACAGCAUGGAGAGCAUCAUCUCACACCUGCAGUUCUGCAUCACGCACAACAUGACACCCAAAGCCUUCUUGGAGCGUUACCUGGCAGCCGGUCCCACCAUGCAGUACCAGCGGGAGAACGGCAGGGGGCGCCAGUGGACACUCGUGAGCGAGGAACCUGUGACCUCAGCGCUGCGUCAGGGCCUCGUGUUCUCUCUGCGUCGCCUCGACUUCUCCCUCGUGGUUACAGUAACGGCACUCCCCUUCCUGACGCUGGGAGAGGAGUUCAUUGACCCCAAAAGCCACAAGUUCGUUAUGAGAUUGCAGUCUGAGACGUCCGUGUAGAAAGAGGUACAGAGAGGAGCGGGGAGAGAAGUGGAACAGGGCUCGGUGAUUGAGAGGGAAAGAACCACUUCUUUUUCAACGCUAUUUUAUAUAUCGCUGAGCCUUUUUCCCCCUUGUUUUUAUUUUUUUUGUUUUUAAUAAAUGCAUUUAGAUGGUUUGGACUGAAGAAUUAUGCAUUUCAAACUUAAAGACUGUCAGCAUUUUCAUUUCUAAAUCCUAGUAGGGUUUGUCACUGUGCAAAGCUGAG